AUGUCUCGAAACUCGGUCCUCUUUACCGCUGGCGCACAUCGUAUCAUUGUUGGCGUGGACUACGGGACGACGUACUCAGGACUCAGCUUCGUGACCUCGAACAAUACAUGGGAAGACAUCGUCAUAGUGUCCGCGUGGCCAGGUCAGCGCGACAAAGCGUGGAAAACGCCAACGACCAUCGCCUAUGCCAAUGAGAACACAAAGGCCUCCUUGACACGGAAUCAGUGGGGUUUCGAGGUAACAAGAAGCCUCAAGCAGUACGUAUGGACCAAGCUACUGCUGGACAAGGAGGUCGAUACUGCUCAGUAUGACGAUCCUCUGCUUCAACAAAUGUAUGGUUCCGGCUUCCUGCGGCUGCCGCCUGGCAAAUCAGCAAAGGAUGUGGCACAAGAUUACCUUUCGGAACUGUAUCAGUACCUCAUGCUACGCCUGGAGCAGGAGUUGGGUUCCGCAGCUCUCGUACAGGCGAUGCCGAUGGAGUGCUGGAUCACCAUGCCAGCCAUCUGGGGUAACAAAGCGCAAAGGGACACGAAAGAGGCAGCCCUCGGCGCCGGGUUCGGGUCUCGACCUGGUGACAAAGUGAACAUGAUCACGGAGCCGGAAGCAGCUGCUUUGUACGCUCUAAAGCCCUACCUUGUUCCCACGGCCCUUGAUCCGUUGAAACCAGGCGAAUGCGUGCUCAUCUGUGAUUGCGGAGGCGGAACUGUGGACCUCGUCACCUAUGAGAUCCUGCAGACAACGCCGUCUCUGAAGCUAAGCGAGAAGUGCCGUGGAACAGGUCUCAAAUGCGGCUCGACUUCGAUUGACCGGCAGUUCGUCCAAUGGAUGACCAAACAAUUCGGUCAGGCAUAUACCAACAUCGACAUGAAGAAACGAGGUCCAGGCUCCACGUUCAUGAAAUCCUUCGAGGGUGUGAAGAAAAACUUCGGAUUCAAAGACGUCGAUAAACUGCACUUCGAAGUCGGCCCCUUGGAAAUGGGAUGCGGGAUGAGUCCCAGGUACGAUGACGACGAGGAAACCGUUAAAAUCCCAAGGUCGGACAUGGUUCGAUUCUUUGAACCUGCCAUCAAAGGUCUCGUCGCUGUAAUCGAAGGCCAGCUGACUCAAUUGAAGCAGCUCGGAAAGAAGCUCGAUCGUUUCAUCCUCGUAGGCGGCUUCGGCGAUUCGCCCUACCUCAACCAAGAGCUCAAGCAGUGGUGCAAUUUGAAAGGUAUCAAGAGAUUUUCAUGCCCGACAGACUGCCAAGCCGCCAUUGUCAAAGGCGCUGCUCUCCGCGGGCUUGAAGGCAUCCGCCCACAAGCUAUUAUUGCCAGACGCAAUUAUGGCUGGAGCUGGGGUGAGGCUUUCCGUGAGGGUAUCGACGACGAAGCAAACGCGUACACCCACAAGUUCGAUGGCCGAAAGAUGUGCCGAGGGAAGAUGCAUUGGGCUGUCCUGAAGAAUCAAGAACUGGACCAGUCUUUCUCGAUUACAAAAGACGUCUCGCACUCGAGCGAGACUACCGGAGUCAAUUGUUCGACGCUAGAGCUGUACUCCUGUUCACUUGACUCCCCGCCAGAACGCGAGGAGCAUUUUAGUGUGCGGCGUGAGAGCGUGAUUGAGACCAUGUGGGAUCCCAACAACGACAAGGUCGAGUCCUGCUGGAGUGCCAGGUUGAGGAAGACAGUCUAUCGCUUUAACUAUGAGAUGAUGGUGGAUUUCCGCUCGGAAGACGGGCUCCUCGACUUCAAAUCAAUGGUCGAUGGGGUGCAGGUUGGCAAGACCAGAAUCAAAUUCGACGCCUAG